AUGAAAUUUGAGCCAAGAAAGUUCUCCUUUGACCCUAAGGACAAGAAGCUUUACCUCUCCUCUAAAAACAGCCCAGAACCAGCCUCCAAACCUAAAUUCUUUUGUGAGGGAAAACUAGUAGCUAGCGAUGAUACCUCCUCAGCAUACAGCCCUGGAUGCUUCUCUGAAGGAUCAAGUCCUCUUGCUUACUUGAAAUCUGUCAUAGAUUCAGAGCAAGACAGCUAUGCUGAAGAGGUGUCUCUUGACAUUGAUGAAGUUAACUCAAAGAGUGCAAGAAAUGACGAAGAAAUGGCAGUAGAAGUCUCUUGAGAUUCCAAAAUGGGUCCUAUCUUUGCUCUUUUCCAACAAGAGUAAAGAGACACACACCAGUUACCAUGAUCUCUUUCCAAACUUACUUCAUAACUAAUUCUUUUAAUAAAAGUAACCAACAUUUUUCUAGAAGACGGUUGGGGGGUUUGCUUUAAAAUUCAGUGAGUCGAUUAGCAUUUUGAUGAGAAAGUAUUCCAAUUCUUGAUAUACCUAAUGAUAUUUCGAUAAGAAGACACCUUCACUUAGUCUUAGAUUAGAUAAGCUUGGCGUAUUCACGUGCUCAGAAAGCUUUGAUUUAUUGGAUUUUUGAAAUCAUUAGCAUUUGACUAAAUCGUGCUAAGCUAUAAGUCAGGACAUCCCAAAAUGUUUGGGUCCUUAGUAAAUAGCCCUUGGAAGCUAGAGGAAGCGUCUACCCCUGAACCUCUUCUUUUUCUCCUAAAUCCCUCAUCAAAAUUCCUUUGUAUUGUGCAGAACCCUUCGGAAUAUUCCAGAUUUUGUGGAAAAAUCCAAACUUCGAAGGGUUUGUGACAAAUGAACUUGAUUUCAUUUGUUCUUUUCUCUGAAUAACCAAACUUCUGCUAUAUCUUCAGCCUGGCUCUGCCAGGUGCUGAGGUGCUGCCGAGGUUAUCUAAAGCUAAUAUUCAUGUAAAUUCUUGCUCACAGAUAUCCUAAACCCCUCUGGAGAAUCUAGAAAGUCCACUAAUCAUACCAAUCUACCAUCAUUAUUUUUACUUUAUUUUCCCAAACCUAAAAUUAAAUAUGUAUGAAAGUCAAAGAUGUAGUUCAGAUUAAUAAGUAUCUCUUUUGGCUCUAUAGAGAAAGAGUCCGAUGAUAAGCAAGACUAUAAUUGGUACUAAUACUAAAAGCCUAUGAGGGCUAAGAAAAGAGUAAAUUUUAAAGGUUUACGAGCAUUCAAAUCAUUUGUCGGUGAACAAAGACGCCAUUAGGAUGUGUUUUACCUUAAUUUUAAGCAGUUUUUAUUUCAAAAAUUUCACAGUUUUAUCCAUGACUGGCAUCCCAGAUUGCAGCAUUAAUUUCAAAAGUGAUUUUUACUUCAAAAAGGUUAAAAGAUUUUCAUAAGAGACGUCUCUUCCGGGAAUUUUUUAAUUUAGCAAAAUUGUCUCGUUUUACAUUGGGAGUACAAUUGUACAAUUUUUCUAUUGACGACUCUUUGCAGGACUUAAAGAGUAUCAAAUUCUUCAGACUCUUUUGAAAGGUUUUUAUCCUUAAGGCCUAUCUAGGUAGGCAUGGCAGCAAUGGAGGAUACCUCCUUGACACAAUUUGGAGAGUUCUUGCUGUAACUCUCCUCCCAAAAAUAGGAAUCCCUUCGCUUAUAAAGCAUCUGCAGUA